AUGUCGGAGUUGGGUGUAGAAAAAGAGAGGAUCCCUCAGAUCAGCUGUAAGGCUUCGCCAGCACCAGCGCCGGGAGCAGAGAAAGCAGCACCGGAGGCUACACCAACUCCAGAAGCAGAGAAAGCGCAAGAGGACCUGCGCAAGCUUCGAGAGGAGCUCGCUGCGUCGCAGGCGGAGGUGGAGCGGCUGCGGUCUCUGCCGCCGGAAGGCGGCGAGAAAGCGCAGGAAUGGCACGACCUGCAAGAGGAGCUCGCCGCUGCGAAGGCGGAGGCAGCCCACCUGAAGGCGGAAGGGGCCGCAAGCAUCGCUGCCCCGACAGAGGACGUGCAGAAACUGAAGCAGGAGCUCGCUUCGUCGCAGGCGGAGGUGGCACGGCUGAGGUCUCUGCCACCGGAAGGCGACGAGAAAGCGCAGGAAUGGCACAAGCUGCAAGAGGAGCUUGCUUCCGCGAAUGCGGAGGCCGCCCGCCUGAAGGCGGAAUCGGCCGCAAGCAGCGCGGCCUCGACGGAGGACGUGCAGAAACUCAAGCAGGAGCUUGAGGCAGCAAAAGCAGCGGCGGCCGGCUCGAAGGCAGAACCCGGAGUUGGCGCUCAACCAGAGGAGGUACGGAAGCUGCAGGAGGAGCUCGCGGCCGCAAAAGCCCAAGUGGAACUUCUCAGCUCAUCGACCCCCGGAGGGGAGGAGGUGCUGAAGCUGCAGGAGGAGGUGCGGAAGCUUCGAGAGGAGCAGGCAACCAGGCAGACGGAGCAGAGCAGCUCGCGCCAGGAGGGAGCUGAGAAUUUCGAGGAUGUCCGCAAGCUCCAAGAGGAGCUGAAGUCUGCUCGAGCCGAACUUGCUCAGCUCAAGUCCCAGGCACCCUCGCAGCCAGAAAAACUCGAGGAGCUCCGUGGAGAGAUGGCCGCUCCUCCGGCUGCCGCCGAGACCGUCACCGUCGAGGAAGCUUCGGCGCCGGCGGCCGCAGCCCCCGCGGCUGCAGCACCGGCCGCUGCUGGAGCGGCGCCUUCAGAGGCAUCUCCCAUGCCCUCCACCGGAGCUCCGGCCGUGGGCCCGGGAGAAGGGGCCACCGCAGCCAGCGCCGAGGAAAUACGGAAGCUCAAAGAGGAGCUGACGAAGACCAAGAAAGAGUUACUGGAGGCGCAAGCCGGAGCAGAGGCUGCCACCAAGAAAGCGGAGGAGCUUGGCGGCCUGCAGCAGGAGUUGGAGGCGCUGCGGGUAGAGAAGGACGCAUCUGCGAAAGAACAGGAAGAGCUCAAGCGGCAGCUGAAGGAAGCCAACCUGGCGACGAAACGAGCUGAGAGGGAACAGCGAGAGGCGAUUGCCGAGGCAGAGCGCCUCGAUGCCCUGGAGGACGAGCAGCAACGCGCGGACCUUGAAGCGGAGAAGGAGCAGGUAGGUAUGACUGAACUCCGCCCGGAAUGCUUGGAAAAGAUCCUCAGCAAGGCGGAAAAAGCUCCAAGAAGAGGAGCCAUGGCCUACACCCGCCAACACAUGGAGGACUACACCGCUGCCGCCCCGCAGUUUGAGGUGCUUGUGCGGAGCAUGGGUGGCUCGACCUUGAACUACCAGAUGGACAAGAAUGCCAUCGUCGGAGACUUGAAGCAAAGGAUUUCGAACCAGACUCGGGUGAAGUACCACGAGAUCAGACUUAUCCAUCAGCAGGUCACGCAGGCCGGGCAUCAGAACGUGGAGCCAGAUACCUUCGACAAGAUUCACAGGCUCCUGCCAAACACUCGCGCCGGUCCGUUGGAGAUGCAGCUUGUCGUCACCGCGUCGUGUCGUUGGUGCAACAAACUGCUUGACCAGCCGCCCAUCCUGGAGACCGAGAUCGGAGAGUACUGCUCUCAGCGAUGCUAUGACCUCAUGCGCCGAGAGCUGCAGGAUCCGAACAGCGUCUUCUCCGUGUUCGGAAUCACUGCGGACACUCAGCCGCGUCAGCGCGAUCCGCAACAGCAGCUCCCUCCACAAUAUGCUCCCCAAAUGGGCUACGACGCACCCUGGGUUGAAGCACGCCGGUACUGA